AUGAACUCCACAGCGCUCUCAAGGGAAGAACAAGAGGCGCUGGUACGUAGAAAAAAAAAAGUAAAGGACAUUAGCCAUGAGGGCUACCAAGGAAGACAAGAUGCUGUCUUGAAACCUCCAUACCUUGAGCAGGGAGGGUGGAGUGAGGCAAACUCCUUCAAGGAAAAGCUUAUUGGGGAUAUACCGGGGGCAUACACCCAAGCUUUCAACUUUAGCGACAUCAUGGAGGAUGAUGAGGAAUCUGAUGAAGAGGUCGAAAACCUCCGUGAAGGGUUGGUCGCUGUCAAACUCUCCAAGGACUUCAAGAAGAAGAUUCGUACUCCAUGGACAAGGGCACUCAUUGUUAAGGUUUACGGUAGGGGGGUGAGUUUAAGCUUCCUUCAUAGCAGAUUGUUAUCCAUGUGGAAGCCCGCGAGAAGAUUAGAUUGCGUCGACUUGGAGCAGGGAUUUUUUCUGACUAGAUUCUACUUGAAAGAGGAUUAUGAAGCUACCCUUCAGAGGGGACCUUGGUUCAUUGGAGAGCAUUUUCUCUCCAUUCGACCAUGGGAACCAAACUUUCGUCCGGAAUCGACAAAUGUCACUUCGGUGGCUGUCUGGAUUAGGCUUAACGGACUGCCAAUCGAGUACUAUAACUCAGAAGCUCUGCUUCAAAUUGGGAAGUCCAUUGGCAAUGUAUUAAGGAUUGACACACACACUGCGAACAAAGCGAGAGGCAGGUUUGCUAGACUUUGUGUCCAGAUUGAUGUGGAUAAACUGUUGGUGACAGCGGUGUUAAUAGGGAGGUUCGAACAACCGGUUUGUUAUGAAGGCAUUCAAAAAUUAUGCUUCUCCUGUGGAAGAAUGGGUUAUAGGAAGGAAAAUUGCCCGUACACGGUCCGUCCAACUCCGCCGGUUAAAGAAGGGAUGACAGUGAAUGACAGGGAUAGUGAAGGACGGUCAUGCGAUAUGCAUGUACCGCACGGACCUGCAGAGGGAAUGGAGAAUAACGGAUUUGUGCAUGGGAAUGUGGCUGAGGCGAGUUAG